AUGAACCCCCAGGGUUCUGAAACACUGCUUCCCAAAGAACUGCAGCUGGAAUGGACCCUGGCCACCACCGUGAGUAUUUAUGUCCUGCUCAAAUUCCUCCAGGGUGGAGGGGCAGGUACAUCAGGGUUUAUCAGUAACCUGAGGUCCUUCCUGUGGACGCAGGUCCAGCAAUACACCAGUAGGGUGGUUCAGGUCCGUCUGUUUGGUCACCUCCACUCCCUGUCGUUGCGCUGGCACCUGGGGAGACACACUGGGGACGUUCUGAGUAGUGUAGACCGAGGAACAUCUUCUAUCAACAACCUGCUCAGCUACAUCAUCUUCAGUAUCCUGCCCACCAUCGCUGAUAUACUCAUCGCCAUCCUCUACUUUGUAUCCUACUUCAGUGCCUUGUUCGGCCUCAUCGUCUUCAUCUGCUUGCUGAUCUACCUCACUUUCACCAUCCUGAUCACUGAGUGGAGGACCAAGUACAGACGAGACAUGAACACUCAGGACAACAACGCCAAGUCUAAGGCUGUGGACUCGCUGCUCAACUUUGAGACGGUGAAAUAUUACAAUGCUGAGGGGUAUGAAGUGACCUGCUUCGAGGAGGCAAUUCUGAAGUACCAGCAGUCAGAGUGGAAGACCAACGCCUCGUUGGCCCUACUGAACCAGACCCAGAACCUGAUCAUUGGCUCAGGGCUAUUAGCAGGUUCUCUGCUCUGUGCUUACAUGGUCACAGAAGGCCAGUUCCAGGUUGGUGACUAUGUCCUGUUUGGCACCUACAUCAUCCAGCUGUACACUCCUCUCAACUGGUUUGGUACAUAUUACAGACUAAUCCAGAGUUCCUUUAUUGACAUGGAGAACAUGUUCAAGAUCUUAACAGAACACAAAGAGGUGAAAGACGAUGUCAGCGCCACAGACCUCCAGUUGACAACGGGCGAGGUGAAGUUUCAGAACGUGUGCUUCAGCUACACUGAGGGGAAUGUGAUUCUCAGGGGUAUAUCGUUCACUGUGAUGGCCGGCCAGACUGUUGCUCUGGUGGGCCAGUCUGGUUCAGGUAAAAGCACUAUCCUCCGUCUGCUGUUUCGCUUCUAUGACGUCCAGGGAGGAUGCAUCCGUAUUGAUGAACAGGAUAUAUCCAGGGUGAGUUAA